ACUGCCGGACGAAGGAGCAGCAGUCAGGAGCUGUUUAGUUGUGGUUGCGAAGCCGGCGGUGCGUGCGUCGUGUCGUGGAGCGUAUUUGAUUUUCCCGAAUAACGGAGCGUGGACAUUAUUCAGCGAAUAGUAAAAUCAACCGAUUUUGAUCGUCGAUUUUAAAAUCGCUUCGAUCCGUGCGCUCGCUUACCCCUGUGCAGUUAUAAGAGUUUGGACAGUGGUGAUAAGUCGCGCCUCUCGCGUGGUUUGACUUGUUCGAAUAUAUAUAUAUAUAUAUACACACAGUGUGACAUAGUUUGAGAAGGCGGCGAAAACCGACCGAAACUACGUUGACACGCCGAUCAGUGAAGCGCGGCUGGUGAAACAGACGCGCGCACACACAUUCGUAUCUCGAAUCCGGGAUACCGCGAUUCCCGCUUUACCUUUGGCGGGAAAUUUGAAAACUGCGAAACAAAAGUACAACGCCGUUGCGUCGCUACCGUCGUUUAAACUACCGCCGAAACUUUUUUCCAGCGGUUUUAGGUGUUAUGUGUGGAAUUGUGCGUUGUGGAAACUAGUUCCGUGGAAACUGGCUUGAAGCACGAGUCUCGAUGACGUGAAAUACGCACGCGGGAUUUUAAUCGACGGUCUGUUGUUUUUCUUAUUAUUCUUGUGGUUUUCCAUUAUAAUCAACCGUGUGCUGCGUCGGAGCGAAAACAAUCCCUCGUUUUAUAUCUUUUAAACAAUCUAUAAAGUCGGUGGGGAAAAACAACCUGUUACGGUGGUGCACUAAGCUCUGCAUAUUUACUGUAUCUUUGUCGUAACUGUAGGAAGAAUAACAACGCGAAAUCACGUGAAUAACAAAAGCAAACGACGUUUGCGCGCGAAAAAUAAAUAUAGUGCUUUUUCUCUUGGUUUUUUUUUUUUUUUUUUUAUUGUUUUCUUUUGUUUUCGUGCGUGCUUGUGUGUCUCUUGUUGUUGAGAGUGAAUUUACCUAUUUACCUAGGUAUAACACAGGUACAGUCGCAUUUGGGCGUGGUAACGGUGCCCGUAUUACACGGUUAAAUAUUGUUGUUGUCGUUGUCGUUGUUGUUGUUGUUUUUGUGAACCCCGAGACCGAAAGCCGCUAUAUUGGAGAGAAAAAAGGAGCACGGUGUGCCGCUGUUCUGUGUGCCGCGGCAGAGACGCUCAUCGCAGCAAGAAAACCAGCGUGGAAUUAUCGCAGCUGUUUCGGUGCAUAGAAGAGCGGAGCUGAGGUUCUAACCACGCAUUAAAGGGACAGAAGGCAGUGAUUCGUUGGGUAGGCAGCAACGUGACUGCAGGUUUCAUCCUGAGAUAAUGAGGCGUGCCCGCGGCUCUGGUUCUUUUUCCUUCUCUGGGACCUUCUGACCAUACCGCUUUCCUCGUUCUUGGAAUUGGAAUGCGAUGAAACUACGCAGUAACUAUGCGAGGAUCGACAUUGUUGUGUCGUCCUUCAUCCGGUCUUUGGACCGGGUUACGUGCUGCAGGGAAUAGAAGAUAAAAGUUUCUAUACGCGACCAUCGAGGAACAGCUAUGGAUGGCAUUCGCGCAAUGUUCAGUCCCCGAGCUCUGCCGCCCAACUUGGUGUUCGUUUGAAAUUUGGUCCCGGCUACAUUCCAAAUGAAUACCACACCGAGACACUUGAGAUUUCCCAGUUUCCAUCCUUAUUCGAUUAGCCGGGUUGAUACCGCUGAUGCGGUACGUUGCGACUCUCAGGAAACACGUUCAAUUCAUUUGUCUUCCAAACGACGUUUAAUAGGGUGAUAUUAAUUGCAACCCAGGCUCUACUUUGCCGUUCUACAUGCAUGUAGUUAUGAUGGACGGUUACGCCUGGAAAUUUAGGUCAUGCUUAAACCAUGUAGAGGCAUUGACAUUUAACUCCUGAGUGAGAGAUCUCAGAAUACAAAUAUCAGGAGAUCAUUUUGUAACACCAAGUUUGAUUGCCUAGCUUAUUCUUUAUGAUUUCUUUGGGUGUGCAAUUAAAAUCGAAUUAUUAUCGAAAUGCAGUAAAGAAAUUAUAGGGCAGAAAUUCUUGCUUCAAUAUCGACGGAGAAUUGUGUAAUUCAGUUUUUGUUUCACCAUUUCUGGUACGCACCAUCGCAAUAUACGAUUGAGUUUGUAAAAAUCAAUUCCAAACACUGCUCGAAAGGAAAAAGAGUAACUGUGUUAUUGGUACCGGAAAUUUUAUACCAGAAUUUGUUGUGCUUAUAAUUGUUUGAAUAUUAUCAUGAGUUUUUUUUCCCCUCGUAUGGAACUUCUGGAAACAGUGGUCGUUUUUAUGGGUCAACUGAAAGCGACAGAUAGCAGCUACCCUACCCCCAUCAAUUACGAGAAGCUAGCUACUGCAGCAACAGCUCACACCCAUCCUGAGCGAUCAAUGAAUGAUGAGAUGAUCGCGAGUCUUCCAGUAAACAGCGGCGGUGGCGGCGGUGGAGGCGGUGGCAGUAACGGGGGACCGGGGAGCCGUGUGGGACGCAGUCUAGCACUUCAUCGUUCGAAUUCCAGUCUCGAGCUGCCCCACAGUCCGGACCCAGCUUCUCGUGUUCCCGACACUCCUCUUCGCCGAGAGUAUGGCUCCCACGGGAGCAUCGAUGUCGUAGCGCAGUCGGUACCAGUUGGAGAAAAUUUCUUCGCUGCAAUGCUCCAGGACUUUCGUUCCCCGGAUCAGCGAAGCCCAAGUUCGAACGCGGAGCUUCUCCGUCGGCUGCAGGAUGGCCAGUCGCCGGACACGGACGAGGUCUGCGGGCCGACCGGCUCCAGUCCGAAGUUGCGACUGAAACUGAAUCGCUUCUGGAGCGGAAAACCUCCACGCGGCGUCGACCAGGAACAAUGCCAGAACCCGGCUAGUCCUUCGGUGUCCGCCGACGUCGAGGAGAGACACAGAAGACGCGCUUUCGCCCAUUACGAUUGCCAAUCUCUCACCGCUAAUCUUGGCUAUGCCGCCAAACUCAGGGGCAUCCUUUUGGCCAGGAGGCGAAACACAGCCACCGGAGCCUCUGCUGCCAGUUCGCUCCGAGCGUCAACCCCUGACGAAGCUCCAGAGGAUGACAUCGGCGAUGGGAAAGGCAACGAGCUUUUGGAGUCCUGUCCGUUCUUCCGGAAUGAAACGGGCGGUGAGGGUGAGCGAGAAGUCGGCUUGACUCGCUGCACGAUGGCGAACGGAAUUCAUCGACCGCCGUUAGCCUACGGAGUAUCCGUUCUGGAACCACCGCCGGGUGAAACUCUGUGGAAACACACUUGCCCUCUUCAGAGAAGACCGUUGCCGAUCGAAAGCGUCGACGAUGGAGCUCACUAUUACCGGCGAUACUUUUUGGGUCGGGAACACCAGAACUGGUUCGGCAUGGAUGAGCAGCUUGGGCCGGUCGCCAUAAGCAUUCGAAAGGAUUCGAAUCAGUACCGAAUAAUAGUUCGAACAUCCGAGCUACUGACUCUUCGCGGAACAGUUCCCGAGGAGGCUUUGGGAAUAAGACCGCAAGGUAGAUCGCCGAUGAGAGAAAUCCUCGAGUUGGUCGCUCCGGAGGUCCAGCUUGGAUGUCUUAAGCUGGGAACACCCGCGGCCGAGGAAGCUGUCGCAAGAUUGGACGAGCAGGGACUUUCCAACAAGUACAAAGUCGGCGUUCUUUACUGUAGAUCCGGUCAAAGGACUGAGGAAGAAAUGUACAAUAAUCAACAUGCUGGACCAGCAUUCUUAGAAUUUUUAGAUACUAUGGGCCAAAGAAUAAGACUGCGCGGUUUUGAAGGUUACAAAGCAGGCUUGGAUACCAAAACAGACUCGACCGGCACUCAUGCUGUCGCUGCGAGCCACAGAGGUGUGGAAGUUACGUUUCACGUAUCUACCAUGCUUCCUUUCACACCUAACAACAGACAACAAUUGCUGAGGAAAAGACACAUCGGAAAUGAUAUUGUCACCAUAGUCUUCCAGGAACCAGGAGCGCUCCCAUUCAGUCCUCGCAGAAUACGAUCUCAGUUUCAACACGUGUUCAUCAUUGUAAGAGCGAUUAAUCCAUGCUCGGAAAAUACACAGUACGCCGUUGCUGUUUCGAGAAGUAAGGAAGUCCCCAUAUUUGGGCCACCCAUUCAAGCAGGCGCUACUUUUAGCAAAGGAAAAGGUUUUGCUGAUUUUAUCCUUGCGAAAGUAAUAAAUGCCGAAAACGCUGCGCACAGAUCUGAAAAGUUUGCAACAAUGGCUACCAGAACGAGGCAAGAGUACCUCAAAGAUUUGGCUACAAAUUACUCAUCUACCACUGUUGUUGAUACCGGACAAAAAUUUUCUAUGCUCUCGUUCAGCAGUAAAAAGAAGGUACCAAUUCGUCCUCGCCUGUCGUGCGACGCGACACAGCGAGGAGGUAUAUGCUGGCAAGUGAUUUUAGAAGACAGCAAUCAAAACACAGACUGUUACCUAGGAAUAAGUGUAGACACAAUAGUUUUGAUCGAAGAACAUUCACGACAAGUUGUAUUUGUAGCUGCUUGCGUCAGCAUCCUUGGUUGGCAUGCCCAGACGAACAGCCUGAGGCUUUACUAUCACCAAGGUGAAUGCGUGACGAUUCACGUUCGUGGUGACUAUGGAGAAAGGGAUGAGUUGAUGGAGAUCGUUUCGCGAUUACGGGCUGUAACACAAGGAUUCCCUGCUUCCGAGUUGUCACUCAAACGGAAUAAUUUGGGUCAACUAGGUUUUCACGUUCAACCAGAUGGCGUUGUCACCCAAGUUGAGAGCAUGGGACUUGCUUGGCAGGCUGGACUCAGGCAAGGAUCAAGGCUGGUCGAGAUAUGCAAAGUUGCAGUUUCAACCCUGAGUCACGAUCAAAUGGUUGAUCUUUUGAAAACCAGCGCGCAGGUUACAGUCACUGUGGUGCCACCAAUGCCUGACGGCAACCCACGAAGAGGGUGCACUUUGCAAAACUGUCAAUACUUGUCAAAUAACUACGAAGGUGAUUACGAGAAUGUCACAAAUCCUGACAGCACUCCGACGCAACAGACUGCUAUGUCACACCAGAGACGCUACGACAGAUCUUUCAGUCCACCACGGUCAAGUAACAGCUCUGGAUAUGGUACAGGUUCCAGUUCGAGAUCUUUCAAUGAUCCAAGAUUUCCUCUUGAAGGCACCAUGACAAGCAGCAGCAGUGGGCACAGCAGCGCCGACGAUAGAUGGUAUGAACUCCUGGAGCCACAAGAACAUGAUACCAAUUUACGCGUGGACGGAACGCCUCCGCCGCUUCCAGCUAGACAAAACUAUCAAGUAUUAACGGGGAACAAAAACGGACCCACUCAAAAAAAGGAAAAGGAACAUGGUCACUAUACGACGACAAAACAGAUGGUCGAAAGUACCAGCAGUAGUGCGAAGUACCACAACCAUGAACAUUAUUCAAAAGAGAGUAAUUAUAUGUCACAAAGAGCUUUGGAAAAUAGUAGACAUGAAAAUUAUCAGAGAAUUGAAAACAUGCAACGUAGUCAAGAACCUACGUCAAACUACGUCAAGCUUCAGAAAGAAAAAUACGAAAUUAAACAAGAAAACGUUUACGCGUCUCAUAGAGAUUUGCAUAAAAAUGAAAACCACGGUCAUCAGAAAUUAACAGUUUCGAAUUCAUUACCACUAGCUCAAAACGCUACUUACAGUUUACCAAAAUCCGGAAGCAAUAAUAAUCUGGUGAGAUUUAGUGAUUACGAACAAUCAACGCCUGACAAAGGGAACGUCAAGUAUGAACAGGGCCUGAAAGCGAAUGAAAGAAACUCGAAAUUUGAUAUAUAUGAUGUGAAAAUUAAUGACAGGAAUGGAAAAUGUGAACAUCACGAUAAUAAAACUAAUGAUAAGCGGAUUUACAAUUACGAGUUCGAAGAAGUACAUUCUGAACUCAGGAAAAGCAAGUACGAAACUGAGGUUGUUCAGAGUGACACAAAGUACGGUAUAGACCAUCAACAUCAUGGCAAGAAAGCAGAACAAAUUGAUAUCAACAGAGAUAUAAUAAGAUACGAGAUUCCACAUGAGUUUAAAGUCGGUGAGAAGGUGACUUGCUUAAAAACCAGUAUCUCAGAGAGGCCAGUGCCUCACAAAGUUGAAUACAGACAAAAAGACAUUACUUCUAGUUUACCUCCGGAUACGAGAAUGACUGACGGGAAUUCAACUGAUAUUUCGACACUUCCGAGUGAAGACGAGUUGUCAAAUGGUUCCGGAAACGUAUCGCCCAGAUUGCGUAGAGCUAAUCGACAUCGAGGUGGAAAUUUAACGCCGUCAAGUGGUAGUUCUAGAAAUCAGAGCCCGAGGCCAAAACCUGGAGCUAGAAAUUCACACAGGAAUUCAGCCAAUUUAUCGUCUAGUACACUGCAAGAGGAUUUAAUGAAGUUGAUAAACCCUGACUACAUUGCUGAUGAUAUGCAGCUAUCAAAUAAUCCUAUUCCAAAUAACAAUGUACCUACUAUUAUAUCGAACAAUCAAAACUCAAACAAAUUGAACAAUAAUAUGAUCGAGAUACAGAAUCGAUGUAGAUCGAGGGAAAAUUUAUGUGGAAACAGCACCUCAACGCUGAGCGUCCUGCCAACAAAUGGACAGGAAAAUGGAAACGUCUCGGAAGUGAUUUUGACGAUGGCCCGGCCUGCUACUGUGAUCUCUAAUGCGAGUACAGCAUCUAGCCCUGCACCGAGUGAAAACAAAUUAUCCAAAGAGGAGAGAUUAUCUCCACGUGUCACAAAGUCCCCUCAUACCACGUCAAAGCCAAUAAGUAAUUUAACCGUGGCACGAGAUUCAAAGUCGCAGAUUGAAGGAGAGAUAGAUUGGCCCAGUCUCAUGGACUCCGCGAAUAGAACUAUAAAACAAUUAGGCCAGGACUGGUCGGAAGAAAGAGUCAUCGAUGGAGGUACAACUGUCUCGGGAAACGUUUGCGACCUGCAAUCUCAUUUAUCGACUUUAGAAUUGCGAGUGGCAAGAGAAACAAGGCGUCGUCUUUCUUUGGAGGAUGAAGUGCGUCGCCUUCGAGAUGAAAAUCGCCGAUUGCAAGACGAAAGCCAUGCGGCUGCUCAGCAACUGCGUCGGUUCACAGAAUGGUUCUUCCAAACAAUUGAUCAUCAAUAAAUAUAUUAUUUUCUGUAGUUGAUAUCUUAUCUAAAGUAGAUGUGAACUAUGUGUAGAGUAGAGAAAUAAUAUGAGUAACACGAUACCCUGUCAAUAUAUAAUUAUGUAGAAUGGAACCAUCCCUCAUAUUAUAUUAAGAAGUAUAUAAUCCAGUUCAACUGGAAUAUAAUUAAUUGUCCAGAGAUUAACGUCAAUACUAAGAAUCUGUGGAAAUACAAAAGACUAAAGACUGAUAUAAGCAGAAUAGAAUACAAUGCCUGAGAAUGUUAAGCGAUUGUAAAUUGAAUCUAAUCAUGCAUCUUGCAUCGCCUGAAAUGACCUACAAAUCAAACUGGUGCUUCAUUGAUUACAAAAACAAUAGUAUUCUAACUCGCAACUCAUUUCUAAAUUACAAUUUCAGUUCUUAAACUUCUUUUCUGAUCACCUUCUAACAACGUUCUGUAGAACCGUAUCAUAAAGAUCAAUGUUACAUCGCACCAUUCCAAUCUUGAGACUUGUAACCGUACCAUUUUCAGGUGGCUCCUUUCUACGUGAUGUUCGUUUCCUUUGGAUCUGUUAUUUACGAGUGACACGUUGAUUUUCAAUAAAUGAUAUAUGUAUAGUAGAUAAAUUUUCAAAAACAGUUACAGGUGAGUCAUUCAAGUAUUGCACACUGUUUCGAGAACUAUGUGCAAACCGCACGCAGCAUUCUAAUCAAGCAAUUUCAUUAGCUGUAAUUAUUUGUAACUUAUUUUAGUAAUAACGUGUAAAUACAGUAUUAAGGACAGAAUUUAAAGUUUAAAUAUAAAACACCAAUCGACAUAUGUAAUUUGACUUACAACGCAAACUCGAGGUAAACUAAUUUUUAAGAAUUGAUUUAUAAGUUUUAUGACAAAAGCACUUUGAAAAUACUCCCUCACGUUAAAUCCCUUUAAACAAUUAUCGGUAAACGCAUUUUUAAUGCUACAAUUAUCGCUGAAAAUAUAAUUACCGACGCACUGAUAACAUAAACGUUUUUUUUUUGGGAUAAUUCAACUGUCUCUCUAAGUGCGAUAUGUUCUCUUUUUUAUUAUUUUUGCGCGACACAAUUAUUGGUAAGAAUAUGUUAUAGUCAUUUUUUUCAAUUAGCUAAACAAUAAUACUAUCAUAAUUAUAGGAGUUGAUUCAAAAUGGUAUCAAUCCUACAUGUUCGUGUAGGUACGUAGAUUAAAAAUCGUAUCACCAAACUUUUUCUGUAACACAGAUCAUUCUAUCAUAAGAAAGGAAGCUUAGGACUCACGAGGAUUAGUCAUAUCGCCACAUUACAAAAAUCAUUUGGUAUUACAAUAGAGUAAAACCAAUUACAAUGUGACUGAAUAGCCAUAAGCGAUCUUGACUUUUAUUUUAUUUAUUUGUAACUGCGUUAACUAAGAAAAAGCUAUAAUUUUUCAAAGUAAAAACCUCAAAUAUAAUAUAAAUUAUAAGUUACCAACGCACCGUACUUCUUUGACGGUUUAUAUGCACUGAAUUAAACUGAUACUGAUAUGUAAUUUCGUUUGUCUAAUCUUUGAAAGAAAUGAUUAUUAUUCUUUGUAUUAGACUUUGAUUUCGUUUAUGAUAAUUAUUACCCACUAUCACUAAAUUCUGUGCACCUAAAUAGAUGGGUUUGGUUGAAUCGAAUGAAUUACUAUUCGUAAGCUUUUGACGUUAAAAGCGAUCAAUGACCAAAUAUUACUGUUAGAUUAAGAAUUACCCUAAUUAAUAUUGUAAUUUAUUUAAAUCUUUUAUAUUAUAAUCAAUCCUUGUUCUAGUUAUAGACUCAUCAUUUUUAUGUCACAAAAAAUUGCUUUUUCUGGACAUUCCUCGUGCCUACAAAUAAUAAUUAUAGUAAUAAUAAUGAUAAUAAUAUAUAUUCAACAUCGAUUCGUAUUAUUUUCUUUACCGCUUACUGAAAUAGACAAGACAUCAUUUGUUAAAAUUGUGUAAAUGAUACAAUAAAUGUAUAAUGUAUCCUCUA